AUGUGUGAGCUUACCAAUGUUACGGCCCUGCAUUUGUUGAUACAAAUCUAACCUAUAUAGUGCAAUUUUUAUCGAUCUUACACUUGUCGAAACGUCGCUUACGAAUGUUGUUUCUGCUGAGAAAUUAAGGCAAGAUGACAAAAUGUGAACUAAAUCAGAUAUUUCUGGGCGAAGUCGCGUCCGUACAAAAUUACGGAGCCUUCGUCAGAAUACCAGGUACCCCGCAGCAAGGCUUGAUACAUCGGACACAGGUAAGCACGGCUCAUGUCGACAAUGUUGCAGAAGUCUUGCAAAAGGGUGAGCGGGUCUGGUGUAAGGUGAUCUCCGUGGGAGAGGACGGCAAGGUAGGGCUGUCCAUGAAAUAUGUAAAUCAAGGAAACGGCACGGACCUGGAUCCUAACGGCGUGGAGCUGCAAAGAGACGUUCAACGGAAAAAAAAUCCAGGAAUGACACAGCGUAAGGUCAUACAGCUGGAAGCAGUGCUGAACACCACAUGCGCUAAGUGUGGAACUAGAGGACACUUGGCCAAGGACUGUUUCAUGUCUCCUGACGGCAAGAAGUACGAAUUGAUCCCGGAAAUAGAGGAAGAGAGUAUUCCAGAGCCAAACAGUGAGAAUACUGAGAAAAAGGCAGAGAAAAAGUGUAAAUCAAAGAAGAAGAAGAGAAAGUCAAAGAGGAGCAAACAGUCUACCGAUGACAGCGAUACAGAAGACAAGGAGAGGAGCAAGAAGAAGAAGAAGAAAUUUUCCAAAGAACGCAAGAAGCACAGAAAGAAAUGUAGCAACAGCUCGAGUGAUUCCUCGGAUAGCUCAUUGUCUGACAAUGUGAAGGCUCACAAGCGGAAACGCUCGGAGGAUCACGAGACUCGUACCAAAAAAUGCAAGCAUUCUAAAACCAAGCAUUCAGAUUGAUCAACGUCGACCGCACUUUUUUUCUAGAUAUAAUUUGAUAGAUAUUAUACCUUAUAUCUUUAUGUUGCAUGUAACUUGUACAUAAAAUACACAAAACAAGGCUGUAAUGGUAAUUUCGAAACGUUCAAAUUGAUGUGUCUAAAGAAUAAAUCUUCGCUUGUAAGAAUUAAA